UCGGAGGGGGGCAUCUUGGGGCUUUCCCCCAACCCUGUCCCCGUUGGCCCCCUCCCAGCAAUGGGCAGUGGCUGGGCCGGGCACCGUGCCAUCCCCGUGCCCCUCCACCUGACCCAGCCCCGCGGCCCCAUGGCGAGGACGGAGCCCUGACGGUGGGUGCCCACGGGCCAGGAGGAGACGGCAGUGGGCACGGCAUGGGGAGGCCAUCAGCCGCCUUGAGCGCAUCGUCCCUACCGCCACCCUGAGCACCCCGACCCCAACCCCGAGGGCAGGGAGAGGCGGGGGCCUCCCGCACGGGCCGGCGGCGAAGAUGGUGAUGUCCCAGGGCACCUACACCUUCCUCACCUGCUUCGCCGGCUUCUGGCUCAUCUGGGGGCUCAUCGUGCUGCUGUGCUGCUUCUGCAGCUACCUGCGGCGGCGCGUCAAGCGGCAGCAGGAGGAGUCGGACCUGUCGAAGCCGCCGUGCUACGAAGAGGCGCUGCUGAUGGCCGAGCCCCCCCCACCCUACAGCGAGGUGCUGAUGGACACGCGUGGGCUCUAUCGCAAGAUCAAUGCGCCCUUCCUGAGCCACGAGCGGCUGGAGAAGCAGGAGCAGCCCCCCAGCUAUAAACCCCUCUUCCUGGACACCGACUACGGCUCUGCGCUGCACCUGCCCCGCUCAGCCAGCCCCGGGCCAGCCUGCCCGGACCUCUACCUGCAGGCAGAGUGCUCCCCGCGCAUGUUCCCCAGCUGGACGGACUCAGAGCUCAGCAGCAGGGACACCUUCGAGCCGGGGCCGUGGCACCUCCCGGUUUCCAUGCCCCUGUUCGGCAGGACUACGGCUGUCUAAGGGAGGGGCCGCAGCCACCCAAGGGUUCCCCUCCGGAAUGGGGGCACUCAGCUGCCCUCUGUGGGUACCCCAUCCCCGGCGCGGGCCAUCGCCGCCAGCGCGGAAGGGGCUGGUUCCCCCUCUCGCCCCCACCUGUCAUCCCCUGCUGGCACCCCCGCAGCCAGGGGGGCUUGGAGCCGGGCUCGGACUCUGCUCUGUUUCUUAUUUUGUUUGUUACGGUUUGAGAAUAAAAGUUUGUGGAUCCA